AUGACAUCCGCGAAGUUAAAACGGCUGUACGACGAGCUCCAUCAAGUGGAAGCAGGGACACAUCCGAAAUAUGUUGAAAGGCUGAAGCAAAUCGAAGAGCUCUAUGAAGAACAAAAGGAACGCGAGCAGAUAGCUCACGAGCUUGCUCUCGAAAGAAUAGACUACGAGUAUAAGCGACGGAAGCAACAAACGCAAGAUGAACUGGAGAAGAAGGAGAAAGAACUUAUUCAAUCGAUGCUGGCCGACUUAGAUGAGAUGGAAAAACGGAUAGAAUGGGAGUAUACGAACAUGGAUGUGUCACGUACCGGAAGUGUCAAUAUCGUGGAUUCCACGAAGAAGACACUACGCGGUCGUGGCGGGGUGCUGAUCGAACCACCGACGUAUUUCAAUGCAACGCCGAAACCGACCACACCGAAUAUCACGCCUGACACUAGAUAUCUUCUGACGGAUUCUCAAAUUGCUGAGGACGUGCGAGCUUUCACAGGAGGCCAAAGUAGUCCUCAAAAGGUGACGAAUUUCUUUUCUGCCAAACUACAAACAAGGCGAAGAAGUGCACGUGGAGAAUACAGAAUAUGGGAAGUUCCCAGCAAAGAUGGACUGUAUUACGGAUACUGUAGUGUCAUUCAAAUCAACGUUGCCUUGGGAUACAAGGCAAAUUCAUGCUUCAUACUCGGAUUUGACUGA